CAGUACUAAACAGGUUCCACUAGGUGUGGUAGUACUGAAAUUCAGUUGAUUUCAGUUGAUUUGAAUUUUGUCGGAGCUAUCUGGAGUCAACUGUGUUCGUAUUUAUUUAGAAAAUUAGAGAUUAGUGGUUUUAGAAUUAUCAAGAUGAGUAAACGAUUCCGAACCGAUCAAACCAGCACUCCUCGAUUUGGUCAAGAUCCACCUCGAAUAGAGGGUCGGAAAAGGGACUCCUUUUUGGAAGACAUAGGCUUGGCUUCAGAGGAUCUCAAUGCCAGUUUCUCGGUUCAUCACGUAGACAGACAUGUGACUAUGAGAGAGAAUAAGCCUCCUCUGAUCGUUCCUACUUUGGAAGAAAAGAAGACGGUUAUUGUACACCAACAUGGAGAUUCUACAGAGGCGACUUUGGAAUCGAAUCGACCAAGUACUAAAUUAACAUUUAUUAAAGAACGACCUGUAAAGAAACGUUCUAAUUUAAUACAAUCAAGAGAUAAAGGUGUCGGUGAAAAAGCUGCAGUAAAAAGUAAGCAAAAAAAUAACGCACUUCAAACACCAGAGACAAAAUUGAAAGACGUCGAAAACAGGUUGCAGGUAGAUAGAUUAGAAGUUGCAAAGAGUAAAGUAACGAGCAAUGUUAAUAAUGAGCAGCAAAGUCACCCUUCAAACGCUGCAAGUAAAGAAAAGAGUUCUUCAAAUUCUGCUGGUAAAAAUAAACAUAUCUUCAACAAAGCUGAUGAUCAUAAUCGAUCUAUUGACAAUCCUAGUGGUGGGUCUUUAAAUAAUAAAGAAAAGCCUCAAACAGUUGCCUUAGAUAAUACUGUGAUAGAUGUUGUCCGGCAAGAAAGUACAAAAGUUAUGAGAACAAUGCAAGAAUUGUAUUUUAGUGCUCAGAUAAAUUUAAUAAAGAAUCUGAUGUGUCAAACCGAUGAGCUGAUUCAAGAAGUACGUUCAAGUGGCACAGCAUGUCCAAGGACUUUAAUGGAGGAAAACGUAAGGCUACGGGAGAAUGUAUCUAUUCUACAAACAAGAAAUGAUGAGCUACAAAAAAGGAUUGAGAAAUUGAAACUUGUUGAUCAAGAAAAUAUAGCGCUUAAGUUGAAAUUAAAAGAAUUAUCAACUUGAAGGCCCCAUUAAUUUCAUUGGGAUGCAAGCAUGGUGACAAUGUUUCUGUUGUGCCUUAAACUAAAUUUAGUAUCCUGUGAUAAUUGUUACGUAAGAGAAUUAGUAAGUAUGCCUUAGAAUUGUUGUAAGUUUCAGGUAGCUGCAGCCUGCACCGUUUAAAGAUAUAGUUAUAAAAUAAAGUUGCACAGCUGAACGAUAAUGCUAUAUGUAUCUUCGAGUUAUGCAUAAUGUCUUUCUUCAAUAAAGUAUAUUUUUCUUUCUUAUUA